GUUUAUUUACGUAAUAGUCGAGGGGGUUUAUUUAUCCAUCCAAGGUUAAUGCAGUCGUUGUCGACGUUAAAACUCGAUAGCCACGGACAAGGAUCAAACGAUGAGUAUCGCUUUCUCCUUUGAACCCUAGAUAACCAUUUUAAGAAACCUCACUCUCUCUCAAUUUCAAUGGAGAAUUUCCCUUAAACCUGCGAAUUUCUCCGUUUUCCUUUUCAACGGCCAUGGAACCUCGAAAUUCUUCAAUGGAGCUUUUCCUGUUAAAUAAAACGCCUCUGAAUACCCUAGAUAACAAUUCUGUUGGAAGGAAUACCCAAAAAAGUUACAGGAACUCGUUCCGCAAACGCAUAUAGUAUAGAUUACCACCGUUCGGUAAUCCCUCCCGCUGGAAUGACUGCCUUCUCGUUUGCGUCGUAGGAAGAUUUUUUGCUGUAGCUGUAAGAGAGAAAGGAAUCAUCUUCGCCCACUAGCAAUUGCACUGGAGAAUACGAGAAGCUUUCAUGGAGCAUGUUUCUCUAAUGAAAAAGGACUUAAAACCCUAGCUAGAGAGCUUCUAUGGAUGCAAGGCGAGUAUCAAGAAUGGUGAUUGAUCCAAAAGUGAGGCAAGUAGGGUUUGUUACUCCUGGUGCAUCAUCAGAGCCCAUGAAACACAUCAUUGAGUCGUCAUCCAUGGCUUCUUCGAGUUCUGAACUCACACCAAGUGGGAAUUCUCUUUCUCCCGUUAUGAUUCCUCCUCCUAGGCAUGCUAUACCAGUUCCUGUUCCAUCUCCUCUUCGAAGGCCUUCAAUUGGUGAUAACAUGCCUUUAGGGAGCUAUAACCCCUCUGAUUCUUUACUUGGUGCUUCUCCUACGAUAUCACCCUCAAGUCGGAAUGAUGAUGAUAACCCUUAUAGUGGUAUUCCCUCUGUUGAUCUCUCUGAUGAGUUUUCGCCUCGGUGGAUUGAUAGGACGAAUUCUGGCACUAUUUCAAAUACGAAGGCUGAUGAUUUUGGGCAUAAAUUGCCUCAGCUUGCAUCUUCUUUUCCCUUUUCGAGCAAUUUGACUGCUGUGUCAAUGGUUAAAAUGCCACUGCCAAGGCGAGGAGCAGGAGAAGUGGAGACUAAUCAUUCUAUGAGUUCCAAGCCGUUGAAAGAGAAAACAUCAAAAGCCGAGAGGCGUGCUCUACAAGAGGCACAACGAGCAGCCAAGGCUGCAUCAAAAGAGACUGGUGGAGAUAAGCAAGCGGUUGCUUUUGGAGAAGGAGCUAACCCUAAUGCUAAACAGGCUAAGUCUGCAAAGCCUCCUCCACAGAAGAAAGAUGGUGCUCCAGGUGCUAGUUCUGGUGCAACCUCUGAAAAGAAAGGAGUUGAUCGUCCUCCUGAAAAGGAAAGGAAGAAAGACGUUCCUGCCCCUCGUAUGCAAUUUGAUGAUACACAGAGGGUGGAGAAGGCUAAAAGGCGUGCGCUGGUUAAACCAACUGAAACAAUGAACAGAGUCGAGUUGUUUAGACAUUUACCUCAGUAUGUUCAUGGAGCUCAGCUCCCUGCUCUUGAAUCCAAGUUUUUUGAGGUUGACCAGAUGCAUCCUCAUCCUGCUGUUUACAGGUACUUAACAGGAGAUAUAUCUGGUGGCAAUGCCCGGUGUGUUGCAAUGCUUAUGGCAUUCCAAGAGGCCAUUAAAGACUACACUAUCCCUCUGGAGAAAGUUCUUAUAAGAGAUUUAACUGCGAAAAUUAACAGCUAUGUUUCGUUUCUCAUUACAUGUAGGCCCCUUUCAAUUAGUAUGGGGAAUGCAAUUAAGUUUUUGAAAGCUCGAAUUGCCAAGUUAUCUGUGACGCUCUCAGAGUCAGAAGCAAAAGCAGCUCUUCAGUCAGAUAUCAGUCGUUUUAUAAAUGAAAAGAUAGUGCUUGCAGAUAAGGUUAUUGUUAGGCAUGCAGUAACAAAGAUAAGAGAUGGGGAUGUAUUACUUACAUAUGGAUCUUCUUGUGUCGUAGAAAUGAUACUAUGCUAUGCUCAUGAGCUUGGAAAACAGUUCCGUGUUGUGGUGGUGGACUCUCGUCCAAAGCUUGAAGGACAGGCACUACUUCGUAGAUUGUUGGCAAAGGGUCUCAGCUGUACAUACAUUCAUAUAAAUGCUAUUUCAUACAUCAUGCAUGAGGUAACUCGGGUUUUCUUGGGAGCUUCUUCAGUGUUAUCAAAUGGCACUGUUUACUCAAGGGUUGGCACUGCAUGUGUGGCAAUGGUGGCUCAUGCGUUCCAUGUUCCUGUUCUAAUUUGCUGUGAAGCAUACAAGUUCCAUGAAAGAGUGCAACUUGAUUCAAUUUGCUCCAAUGAGCUUGGGGACCCAGAUGCCUUAUCGAAGGUUCAUGGAAGGAAGGACCUGAAUCAUUUGGAGAAUUGGGCUAACAAUGAAAAGCUACAACUUUUGAAUUUGACUUAUGAUGCUACUCCCUCAGAUUACGUAUCCAUGAUUGUCACUGACUAUGGCAUGGUGCCGCCGACUAGUGUACCGGUCAUUGUGCGAGAAUAUCUAAGAGAACACUUGUUAAUAUAAGAGGCCUCUUUUGUGGGAGUCUUCUCAUUUCAAGGAACAUAUUCACGCCCAAAUUCAAAUUACGGCCCUAUAACUGCUUUUCCGUCAAUAAGAGAACUGAACUGUGGAAGUUGUAUAUCUUUGUUUAUUUCAGGGCAGCGCUUGAGGUAAAAAGGGUUGGUCAUUGGUUAUUGUACUGUGUGUGUGUGUUGUCGUAGUGGGGCAUUAGAUAUCUGAUUUGAAGAGUGGAAUUUAUUAGCCCUGUGAGGCAGUUUUGGGGAUAGUCUGCUCCUGCUGUAUUUUUCUUAUUUGAUGGUGACUUGUGUCAACGAUGUUGGGGUUCCUUGGGUUUGGUAUGUAUUAAUGCAUUCAGUUUUUAGAUAAACGAAGACAUUUCUUUGAGAGAUUGGUUAUGGAAUUUGAAAGUUGGAUUGGAAAGCCGUUUCUGCCACUUUUAGCUUUAA